AUGUCUAAUGAUCGUAGUUGGAUUACUCGACGUAUGAAACCCGGUGGUUAUGGUUUUACGGAUGAAUAUAAUGAGGGGGUUAAAUAUUUUUUGGCAUUUGCGCGAAGUAAUUCAAGAACACCAAAUGAUCAGAAUCUUUUAAUCAAUUGUCCUUGCAAUAUAUGUAGGAAUCAAUUAUUCCAGCUCAUUCCCGAUGUUGAGUUUCAUUUAAUUGCAACCGGUUUUUUAGAAAGUUAUACUAAUUGGCACUAUCAUGGAGAAGCUAGUGGUUCAAGAAAUGAACAAAUGGAUGAUCGUGAAGAUGUAUAUGAUGAAUAUGAAAUGUUUAUCGAUGCAUUUGGUAAGGAGGCUUUUAAUGAAGAAAAAAGUAACCACGAAGACCCGAAUGAGCAAGCAUCCAAUUUCUUAAAAAAUGUGAAUAUAGUCGGUGAGCCAAUAUACCCGGGAAAUGUCAAAUACUCUCAAUUGAAGUUUGUAACGAAGUUACUGCAUUGGAAGAAUCGCAACAAAUGUAGUGACAAAGCCUUUGAUGAGCUUCUCCUUUUACUUGGAGAUGUGUUUCCAGAUCAACAUAAGCUUUCAUUCAAUUAUUAUGCUGUCAAGAAGAUGGUUAAGAAGCUGAGUUUGGGAUAUCAAAAAAUACAUGCAUGCGAGAAUGAUUGUAUGUUAUUCUACGGUGAUGAUAAAGAUCUACAACAUUGCAAGUAUUGUAAAUUAAGCCGAUACAAAGUUGCAACAAAUGCUGGGAAUAACACCAUUCUAAGAAAGGUCUUGAGACAUUUCAAGAUUACUCCUCGGUUGCAGCGUUUGUACAUGUCUACUCGCACGGCUAUGCAUAUGAAGUAUCACAAGAACAGAAUUGUGACUGAUGGGGUUCUUACUCAUCCUGCAGAUGGGGAAGAAUGGAAGGACUUUGAUAGGAACUAUCCUGAAUUUUCAGCUGAAAUUCGUAAUGUCAGACUUGGCCUUGCAACUGAUGGAUUUCCCCCGUACAGCAAUGCUACCUCUACAGUAUACUCGGUAUGGCCAGUUGUACUACAGUAUACUCGGUAUGGCCAGUUUUCCUAG